ACAGGAGACAAACCAUUCAGCUGUGAGGAAUGUGGACAAGGAUUUACUCAAAAGACAAGCUUAAAACGACACAUGAGAAUCCACAUAGGAGACAAACCAUUCAGCUGUGAGGAAUGUGGACAAGGAUUUACUCAAAAGACAAGCUUAAAACGACACAUGAGAAUCCACACAGGAGACAAACCAUUCAGCUGUGAUGAAUGUGGACAAAGAUUUAGUCAGAAGACAAGCUUAAACCAACACAUGAAAAUCCACACAGGAGACAAACCAUUCAACUGUGAUGAAUGUGGACAAAGAUUUAGUCACAAGUCAAACUUAAAAAAACACAUGAAAAUCCACACAGGAGACAAACCAUUCUUCUGUGAGGAAUGUGGACAAAGAUUUAGUCAAAAGACAAGCCUAGACAUACACAUGAGAAUCCACACAGGAGACAAACCAUUCUUCUGUGAGGAAUGUGGACAAAGAUUUAGUCGCAAGACAAGCUUAGACAUACACAUAAGAAUCCACACAGGAGACAAACCAUUCAACUGUGAUGAAUGUGGACAAAGAUUUAGUCACGAGACAAGCUUAAAACGACACAUGAAAAUCCACACAGGAGACAAACCAUUCAACUGUGAGGAAUGUGGACAAACAUUUAGUCGCAAGACAAGCUUAGACAUACACAUAAGAAUCCACACAGGAGAGAAACCAUUCAUUUGUGAUGAAUGUGGACAAAGAUUUAGUCACAAGUCAAGCUUAAAACAACACAUGAGUAUCCACACAGGAGACAAACCAUUCAGCUGUGAUGAAUGUGGACAAAGAUUUAGUGACAAGUCAAACUUAAAACGACAUAUGAGAAUCCACACAGGUCAGAGACCUAUUCCCUGUGAGGUGUGUGGUGAAUUAUUUAGGUGGCCUGUCUCUUUAAACAGACACAUGCGUGUCCAUGCAACAUAGAAACGGCACUUUGAGAAUGUUUUCUAAAAUUUAAAGUGCGUUAUAAAUAAAUUAUUAUUAUUAUUGUUAUUAUUAUUGUUGUUAUGGCAGCCGGUCAUUGCUGCAACCUGAGUUUUCAGCAGGGUUAAACCUGACUGUUUGUGUUGUCAGUUUAAUGAUAAUUACUCAUUUCAUUUUGGUUUUGCCUUCGAUAGCAUACAGCUGUUUUGGCUGCUUUUUGAGUUUGAGUUUCUUAUCCCCCUAUAGUGGGUCGUAACAAAGUGGGGGCUCGUCCGGGAGCUUAUUUUCUCGUAGUAUAUUUAGCACGGUUGGUGUGGAGCAGUGGGCUUUAUUGUUCUGAUCGAGAUGGCUACGUCCGUUGACUUGGAACGGUUUCUUGCGGCUCCUUCCUGUGUAGCUCUUGACUGUCUCCGCAAAGCUGAUCUUAUGCA